AUGGCAGGCCCCAGAGGUGGGUGGAGUCAAGGUACGGUCACCCAACUGCCUUGUAGGAAGACCCACCUUGCGGUGCUCAGCUUUGGAUCGUCGCGAGACGGUCACGUAGGAGCUGCAAAUGAUUUGACAGUCAAGGAAAAUCAGAAGAUCUUCCCCCAAAAGCUGGACGGCGGGGUAGCUAUGCAAGUCUGUGUGACAGUGCUUCAAGAGCAGGAAUGUCUCAUGAAAACCGGGACUGUUGGAGGUAGACAGCCUGUAAAUGAGAACCAGAAGGGGGAAGCAGCAUCCCUUAACAGCGGUCAGGCAAUCCUCAUAAUUUCAGGAGCUGCCGACAAAGCGGUGGUUAGCGUUACGCCAAACUGGACUAAGAUACUCCAAGGAGAUGCGGUCACUUUAACGUGUAUCUUGCCUUCGGCGGCACAAGAAUAUUUUUGGUUUAAAGAUGAUCAGCAGAUACAUCAGAACUCAAAGACAUUGAGUACCCAAUCUGCGAGUAGUGAAAAGAGCGGUGAAUAUAGGUGCCAGGGAAGACAUACUGAGAGAAGUGACCCUGUUAGACUGGAUAUUGUUAAUAGUGCAGUCAUCCUACAAAUCCCCCCAUCCAUUUAUGAAGGGGACACAGUGUCUCUCAGAUGUCACAGUGCCCCCGGAUAUUCUGCGCGAUCGCCAACCUUGUACAAAGACGACGAUACUGUCGUACAAUACACAAACUCGCUUUACCUUGUAAAAGAUAUUAGGAUGAGUGCUGCCGGAAGAUACUCGUGUACUAAAGAAAUAUACGCAUAUGGUAGAUAUCAAACAUACCGGUCAUCUGAAGAAACUCUUUCCAUCAAAGAAUUGUUCUCGAUUCCCCAAAUAAAUGCGAGGCCACAAGGGACAUCAGAAGGCACCAAUGUCACACUAACAUGUAACACAACUCUCAGCCCACCCAGACGGGGUACACAAUUACAGUUUGCUUUCUACAAAGAUGGUGAGAGGGUCCAGGACUUUGAUAUCUCCAACACGUAUCAGCUUUGGUCAGCUCGCCCGGAGGACUCCGGAAGUUACACCUGCAAAGUCAAAACGGCAACGAAUAUCUGCAAAACUAGCAACUCGAUACAUGUCACAAUCCAAGAACUCUUCACCUUCCCCAAGGUUAGGGCAAACGCAGAGCUAGCGAUCGAAGGUGCGGAGAUGACCCUGACAUGCGACGCUACUGGCCCCCGGGCCACGGAACUGCAAUAUGCUUUCUACAGAGAUGAACACAUUGUCAAAGGGUUUGGUCCAUCCAAUGAAUACCAGGUCCAUGUGGCUAAGUCAAAUGACUCGGGACUUUAUGCCUGCGUGGUCAAAACCUCACGUUCCAACAUAAUAAAGAGAAGCAUCGCUGUUACAAUUCAAGUACAAGAGUUGUUCUCUGAUCCAGAAAUAGAAGUGAGCCCACCGACGAUAUCAGAAGGCGUCAACAUGACGUUAACGUGUAACGCAACCCGGCGGUCCGUACGGGAUACCGAAAUACAAUUUGCUUUCUACAAAAACGGGGAGAUUGUGCAGGAUUUUGGCUUAUCUAACAAAUAUCACGUUUCGUCGGCUAAGCCAGAAGAAGGUGGAAAUUACGUCUGUGAAGCUAGAGCCUUAAGCUUCAGCGUAAAGAGAAUAAGUAAUGUCUUGAGUAUCCAGGUACAAGCCAAAUACACAGGUCCCGAUUACCUGUUGCCGGGUCUCAUAGCGACCCUUUCGGCUUUUCUUCUCGUUGCCGUCAUCUUGAUGAUCGUGUUCCGGCGCAGAGUAACUCGUUCAUUCAAAAAACAACAAGAAGUCCGAGAAAAAAAAGAUUUGGGGUUUCCUGAGGCUCGGGUUCGGCCUGAGAACGAGAAGGCACCGAAGCCUGGAUCCACACACACCGGGGACAGGACAGAACCAGCCCAAGAAGAAGAACUCUGCUAUGCCGACAUCAAAAUCAAUUCCACAAACAAAGAACAAUUAGUAUUCUCUGUCAUUUCUUCCUAUCAAAAUCUGUCAAGUAUUUUUGGAGAUUCUUCGUACGAACCUAUGGACGGUGAAUCCACAACGAUUCAGAAAUGA